AUGCGCAUUUCGGUCGCCGCGUCGCACGUCGAGCCCAUCGACAUGCGGCUGCACGGCGGCUGGGGCUCGGUCGCCGCCCCUCCGCUCGCCUCGGACGCCGCCCAAGACGACGGCGAGACUCUCUGCUGCGCCGUCUCGGGGGCGGCUGCGGACGGCUCUGGCGAUGUCAUCGCCCUCGUCGACAGUGCCGAACCCUCACCGUCGGUCGAGGCGCGACGCGCGCUCUGCUUCUCCAAGCCGCGCUCGCUGAGCCACGUCGCCGCCGCCCAGCUCCCAAUCCUCGUCCUGACUGCCGCCGCCGCCCUUCACUCGGUGCUCAUUGCCGGCUCCACCGGCCGGCUGCCGAAGCUUCUCGUCGAGCUGCUCUCGGCUCGCGGCGCCCGCCCGUGCGUCGCCGCGGCGGAGGGCGGCGCCGACGCGCUGCAACGUGCGGGCGCGAGCGCCGUCUUCAACUACCACGCCGAGUCGUUUACCGAGCAGCUGGCCGGGACAGGCCUCUCUGCAGUGGUGGACGUGGUCGGGCGGGAGGAGGAGCCGGGCUGGGUGAGGGAGGCGCUCGGCUGCGCCUAUGUCUCGGCGGCGUCGCCCGCGCUGCUCUCGCUCAGCGAGGACGGCGCCCUCGCGGCGGCGCGUGGCUGGCAGAGGCGGUGGGGCAGGCGGCCGCACGAGGGGAGGCGCGUCUGGCGCGCGGACGACCGCGCGGCGGAGGCGCUGUCCGAGGCGAUGGCGCUGCUCGAGAGCGGGAAGCUGACGCCGCCCGCCGAGGCGAGCGCCGCCUCCGAGACGGGGAUGCAGUACCUCGAGUUCCUGCGCUGGCCGCGCGAUUCGGAGACCGGCCGCCGGUUCGGAUUCCCAGGCGAGAGAAUCUACUAG